CUCUCCUGACCACACCAUGGCUUCUAAGAAGAACUCCAGGACCAAGGGUCCCAUCCAGCCUGUUCCAGAGAAACGGGGCUAUGAAUUCGGAGGCCCGCUCGGUGCUUUUGGAAUCGUGUUUGGCCUCCCCGUGCUGGUCUACAGCUUUACCUUUUUGUGUAACGAUGUCUCCGGCUGUCCGGCACCUUCGUUGCUCCACCCGUCGACGCUGUCGCUCGAUCAAUUGAAGGUGGAGGUGGGUUGGCCAGAGGAAGGACUGGCCGCGUUUCACGAUACGCGCGUGACGCUGUGGGUGCUGAGCUACUAUCUGCUCAGCUUGGUGAUGCAGGUGUUUCUGCCUGGUCAGGAGGCUGACGGGACUGAAUUGGCUUGCGGGGGACGACUGCGCUACAAGUUCAAUGCCUUUCUUUCCGCUGUUCUGAUCCUCGCCGGAUGUGCUGUCGGUACCUACGUCCACGGCGCGGACUUUGUCGUCUGGACCUUCCUUUGGGACAACUACCUGCAGGUCAUCACUGCCAACCUGCUGAUCUGCACCGUGAUCGCCAUCUUCGUCUACGCAAAGAGCUUCACCGUUCCGGCCCCCGGCCAGCCCAACCCGGAGCUCCGACAGCUGGCACCCGGCGGCCACACCGGCAAUGUGCUGUAUGAUUUCUUCAUUGGCCGGGAGCUGAACCCGCGGAUACGCCUGCCCAUCCCGUUUGUCAGCGAGGCGUCGCGCACGAUCGACAUCAAGUCGUGGUGCGAGAUGCGUCCGGGCCUGCUGGGAUGGAUCAUUUUGAACCUGUCCAACAUUGCCCGCCAGUACCGGACCUACGGUUACGUCACGGACUCGAUUGUCAUCUCCACUGCCUUCCAGGCGUUCUACGUGCUGGACGGGCUGUACAUGGAGCCGGCGCUGCUGACGACAAUGGACAUCAUCAUGGACGGCUUUGGAUUCAUGCUGUCGUUUGGUGACAUGGUGUGGGUGCCGUUCAUCUACAACUUCCAGACGCGGUACCUUGCCGUGUUUCCGUAUGAGCUGGGGGUGACGGGCAUUUUGCUCGUGCUGGCCGUCACGGCUGUGGGCUACUCGAUCUUCCGGGGGGCCAACAACCAGAAGAACCGGUUCCGCACCAACCCGAAUGACCCGCGCGUCAAGCACCUGCAGUACAUCCAGACGGCUAGUGGCUCGAAGCUGAUCACGUCCGGCUGGUGGGGCUGUGCGCGACACAUCAACUACCUUGGGGACUGGGUGAUGUCGUGGUCGUACUGCUUGCCGACAGGAAUUGCAGGCUAUGCUAUUGUCCAGAGCGUGAACUCGGCAGGCGAACUGCAGAGCCAGGCGGUGCAGACGGCCGAGAGCCGGGGAUGGGGAAUGGUGUUUACGUACUUUUUCCUGGUGUACUUUGGGACCUUGUUGAUCCACCGGGAGCAGCGGGACGAGGAGAAGUGCAAGCGAAAGUAUGGCAAGGACUGGGACCGGUAUACGUCCAAGGUGCGCAGUCGGAUUAUUCCUGGAAUUUACUAGUCCCUCUGCCUUCACUCAGACCCCAUUAAAAACCUGUAUUAUACGCUCCAAUAUUUGGACAUGUAUCAACCAUAUAUAGUUUAAUAUCUUCUAUUCUUUAAGAAUGU